AUGAAAGAACAAGAAUUACAAACUCAGAGGUAUAUUAAAGAAAUGGAGAUAAAUUCAAAAGAAAGGAAAAUGGAAAGGAUGGCUAGGGAAAGGAAAAUGGAUAUGCAAAUACUUAAUGCUGACACGUCUACAAUGAGUGAAAAACGACAAGCUCUUCAUGAGAUUGCAUAUGAACCCGUGUAUAAUGCUAACAUUUUUCGACGGAGAUUUCGAAUGAGAAGCCAUGUGUUCCUUCGGAUAGUAGACGCUCUCUCAAACGUCUAUCCGUAUUUCCAACAGAGGGUUGAUGCACCUGAAAGAAGAGGCUUGUCACCACUCCAAAAAUGUACCGCUGCGAUACGGAUGUUAGCAUAUGGCGUAGCAGCUUAUGCCAUUGAUGAUUAUGUGUGCAUAAGCAAGAGCACUACAAUUGAAUGCUUGAAAAAAUUUGUUGAAAGUUUCAUUUUGGUGUUUGAGGAUGAAUACUUGUGA